AUGGCUGAUAUGCGUGAUUCCACGAGAGAGGUCUCCUCGUAUCUCAGAAAGGUUCGGAAGCCGCAACUGGAGCGAAAACGCCGUGAGAGAAUGAACGCGAGUAUUAAUCGGCUCAAACUACUCAUCGCCGACACCAUCCGCCAACAGAUGGCACCUAUGACUCGAGUAGACAAGGCGGACGUCCUGGAACUCACCGUCUUCCACCUAACGCGUCUGCAGCAGUGUCAACGCGCCACCAGAGUUGCUUCUGAGGCCACCGCCGCCUCCUUCAAUGCCGGUUUUCGGGACUGCGCACGGGAGACCGUAACACUCCUUGGCACCAACAACGCAACCGAUACAAACCUGACAACCAGCGUGAGCGACCAUCUCCACGGCGUGUAUAUAGAAAAGACGAAAUUGGUCGAGGAGAGUCGGCUUACAAAAACAAAGGUUCAGUCGUCGUCUACUCAUGUUCAUCCAGCCCAGGACCAGCACAUGUUCAUGUCCACGCCAAGGAGAGUUGAUGACCGAAUAGACAGUCACAAAUCACCCAUGGAUACUCCGGAAUUUUCACCGAUCUCACGACUUUUAGAAGGCCAGUGUGACGUCAGCAUUCAUUUCUCCAGCGUUUCAGGUUCAAGCUUCAACAGCGACGAGUCCGGAUUUUCCAGUCUCAAUGUGUCAUCUGGCGCCCAGUCACGUGACUCUCUAGCAUUUGGAGGCGAAGUUUCUAUUGGUGAAAACACGGGAGAUAAAAUAGGUCACGUUAUUAAAGACAAUUUGUGGCGCCCGUGGUAA